CGCAACGCAGCGAGGCGUGUCCUUUCCAAUACUCUCUCUCCUCCUCCUCCUCCACUCCGGCGACUCCUCCGCCGCAUCCCGAGCAAGCAAGCCGCCGCCGCCGACGACCUAGCUCCCCGAUCGCGGCCAUGUCGAGGCGCGGCGACUGGGUCUACGAGAACAACGGCGGGACGUGCGUGGCCAUCGCCGGCGCGGACUACUGCGUGGUGGCCGCCGAUACCCGCCUUUCCGUCGGAUACAACAUCCUCACGCGCGACCACUCCAAGAUCUGCGAGCUAGCGGACAAAUGCGCACUAGCAUCUUCCGGCUUCCAAGGUGAUAUCAAAGCUCUGCACAAGAACUUGGCUGCCAGAGAAUUGCUGUACCAGCACCAGCACAAUAAAAGGAUGAGCUGCCCUGCCAUGGCACAACUGCUCUCCAACACUCUGUACUACAAGCGAUUCUUCCCAUAUUAUGCUUUCAAUGUACUUGGUGGGCUUGAUAGUGAAGGGAAAGGAUGUGUUUUCACCUAUGAUGCAGUUGGGUCCUAUGAGAGGACUGGCUACAGUGCACAGGGAACAGGAUCUGCUUUGAUCAUGCCAGUGCUGGACAACCAACUAAAAUCACCUAGUCCACUAUUACUCCCUGCAAGAGAUGCCGUCACACCUUUGUCGGAGACAGAGGCGGUCGAUUUAGUGAAGGAUGUGUUUGCAUCGGCAACUGAGAGGGACAUCUACACUGGUGAUAAGCUGGAGAUAGUUGUCAUCAACAAAGCUGGGACGAAGCGAGAGUACAUCGACCUGAGGAAGGACUAGAUCGACGAUUAUGUUCUUCAGUUACCGCAAAUUUGCAUCAACAAAUUUGCUUCGAACAUUCUCCCUGAUACGCCAGGGAAUCAUGCCCUGAACUUGAUAGAAACGCCUGUGCUUUCUUGCUUCUAUUCUGUACCAGGAUUCUCCCAACCUGCUUUGUUGAACUAAUCGCUGCCUUGAUGCAAAUGAGACCGAACAUAUUUAUUGUCAGAAAUAUCACAAUGGUCGAUAUGUUGAACUGUGCUUGUGUUUGCUCGAUA